AUGGCGGCCCGCUUAUGGGAGGGUGAGCUGACGAGGCAUGUGCAGAGAUUGGUGGAACAGGCUCAUGCGACAAUUGGCAGCCAUGCAGAGGAGAUCAGAAAAGCGGAGAGCGUGUUAGAGUCGACCUUGCGGGAACUGACCUCCACAAGAACGUUCCAGGAGCAGAUGUUGGAUAACACACUCGACUUCCUGUCGAAGGACUUCGAAAGGAGAGCCGCUGAGAUCCACCGCCAGUACAUGUGCCAAAUAGAGGAACUCAAAGCAGAGGUGCUGGAAAAGGCAAACUCCCAGAACAAGCAGUGCGAAGAAGCGAUUCAGAGAAAGGCAGCGGAGUUGAGCGCGGCACUUCAAGCAGCCAGCACGACGGAGAAGCGAACCCUUUCCACUGCCUCUCCUGACAAGAAGACUGAGGAAACGCAUUCUCCGCCCCCUCCCCUUAGAGAGCAGGAUGCCAAUGCCCCUCAAAGCGCACCCGCAGAAGCCCCUCUUCAAGAGGAAAAGGCAACCACAGUGUUGGAUGAGAGCAGAGAACCGCAGACCGUUCAGAAGGCUGUAACGCACGCGAGCCCCAACAAAUCGCCGUUGGAAGACGUGGUCAGAAACCUGAAACCUCAGCGGCUCGAGCGGGCGCUUUCAGAAGUGCGGGACUGGCUGGCGGAAUCGACGGGCGCAGCCACCACUCCAGUCGACGCGUCCGUAUUCUCACCAAGCUCCGUCGCAGCAGAGCAAGGCAGUGUGAACGGGGCUUCUCUCCUCUCACCGCUUACUCCCGCCCGACCACAAACCCCGGUAGCUUACAGCCGCCCCUCCAGUCCCGGGCCAAAUUCGCGGCUCUCAGAUCUGAAAUCCGGGGGCCGGAGGGAAUUGGAAAAGCGGAACGGGAACGACCAAAGGAGCAGCUGGAAACGGCCGUCGAGCCCCGAGGCCCCGCGGCCGCUCUCGUUGCAGGCGCAGGCGCUGCAACUGGCCGAAAGAAUGCGGCGAGACCUAGAACGGGGCCCGCUCAUCAACCUAACCAGCCCGGACGGCGACCUGGUCCCCGUCAAGGGCACUCGCGGGUCGCCCUUUCGCGACAGCCGCCCGCCGCCCUCCAUCGCGCUGCCGCGCUCAAACCCCGCGAGCCCGACGCGCGCGCGGUCGCCCGGUUUCCGAGCGACGAGCCCGCUGGCGCCCGCGAGCGCGCGUGGCGCGGCGCGCGAAGAGCGCGCGAAGAGCGACCCGUUGGACAGUCCGGCGCGGAGAAAAGCGGUGAGAGGGGGAGGAGUGGUGCAGAGACGCGCAAACAGCGUCGCAUUCGGCGUGGGGAGCCGAUCGAAGACGGCGGUCCGGGUGAUCGACCUUUUUCAAAGUGACUCUGAAAGCGAGGACGACCAGGAAGACUGA